AUGGCCCUGCCACUCGACAACCUCGUGGAGCAGAUGACCCAGCUGGACACUGCGAGGAAUGUCGUUCUUGGCGAUGCUGCUUUGUAUCCGCAAAUCGUUCAGGGUAUACUUCCAAUAAUAGGUGCAAAGGCACGGCUGGAACUACGAAGAUGGGGUGCCGAAUUCCUAGCAGAAACGUUUGCGAGUCCCGCGCUGGCCCAACGACCGAAAGAGAAGUUGAGUACACAGGUGAUACAGACCUUGUGGGAUCUGUUGAAGAAUCCGGAUGAGGAUGCCAGUGUUGUAAGAGGCAUUAUUCAAACUGCUGCGAGUAUUUACCCGUUGAUAUUUAGAACUAUCGUCGAUAACCCCACGGAGGAUGCGUUAUGGGAGAAAAUGACAGCAAUCAAGCAAAAUAUUCUAAAACGAUGGGAUACUGCUCCCAAUAACAUCAAGGUUUGCUGUAUCAAAUUCGUCCAGAAGGUGGUGCAAGUCCAAACAGCAGGUGUCAUAUCAGAUCCAAGGCUCCCUGAGAAAAAUGAAAUCUCUCUAUCGCUUGUGCCGAGAAAUCACCCUCUCGUACCGCUACCUAAUCUCGAAGCUGAGGCAUCCGGAUUGUUAGAUAGACUUCUUAACGUUUUCUAUGAAAAUUCUAGUGAUCCUAUCUUGGUGAAUGCGACUCUAAAUUGCCUUCCGGUCCUGAUACGCACCCGCCAGUCAAUUUCAAAUAAGAUUGUAAAUGCGAUUCUUAACUUCAACCCUCUUAAACAAGCAAAUGCACCAAUGAGUCCCACCAUUCGAGUAAAUAUCAAGUCCGUGGAACGGACCACGAGGGCAUUGCUCCUCAAUAUAAUGAAAAGGAACACCAACCAUCCUUUGGCUGGGCGUAUACAGCAGUAUUUAGAUCGUUUAGCGCAAUCCCGAAAUGAUAUCUUCGACGAAACAUCGAAGAAAAGGCCGCUACCAACUGAGCCAACCGAUCUUGUCGAUAGUGCAAAGCGUGCAAGACUUGGAGUCGAUACGCCGCCUCAGCUAAAGAUUCCGCCUCUCCCCCCCGGCCCUAAUAGUUUCUCACAGCUUUUCACAUUGACAGACGAUGCAGGAUUGACGUCGUUUGACGUCAAGCAGCUAGCAGCAGACCUAAUUGUCAAUAUCACUAUUCCUGUGUUGAGUCGCGUGGAUCCUGAGGCGUUGGAUCAAGCUGUUGGGGCUGUUCGAUCUCGAUACCUCACAUUAUCCAAGAAGCAAAUUUUCGACCAUCAAGCUUCUCAGGCUGCCGCUCAGCCAGCUGCCGAAGAAGAUGAUGAUGAUUAUGAACCAGAAUACCAACCAAUGGAUAUACCUACCGAUUCACAGGCAUUAGAGGGACCUGACGCGUCUAAAAUUGACGAGAAUGCACCGGAACUCGUUGCUCUAGGUCCAUUUGUACUCCCUCAGCCUCCACCAUUAUCAGGAGAAGAGGCCACUGAAAUUGGCAAGGGCGCAAUUGAAAGAGUUUUCGGAAUGAUUUCCACCUUGGAGCAACCGUCAAAAUCAUUCAAGGGUUCUCAGAAGCCAGGCUUCGGGAGAUUGGCUGCAAGCACAUUCGAUCGGGACUCUUGGUUAAUCUUGCUUACUCGAUUGGCAACUCGUGCGUCGGCUGGUUUAGAUGUGGACGAAGCAGACAAUAUUGUUAAAACCGAAAGCGGCCGACAGUCGCACUCGAAGCAGCGCAUGAGCAUGGCUGAUGGCAUCAGGGAGAUGCUUUACCGAUACGUUCUUGAAGAUUUCCGGGUUCGAAUCAACGUUGCUAUUUCUUGGAUGAAUGAGGAGUGGUAUAAUGACCGAAUACAAUUAAAGCACUGUUCAUCAGAGAAUAAUGGUGAUAUUGAUGACACGAUAGUCCCGAGGCACUAUGAAAAAUGGGUCAUGAGGCUACUGGAAGGAAUACUACCUUAUUUAGACGCGAGAGACAAGGUGCUCAUUAGAUUUUUAAGUGAGAUACCCGAACUGAGUCUCGAGCUCGUGAAGAAAACAAAGAGUUUGGCAAAUGACCCUGAACGCGUUACUCUAUGUGUUCAGGCACUUUACUACCUCGUCCUCGUACGGCCUCCUGCAAGGGAUCUUUGCUUAGAUGCUCUCCAAGACCUGUACGGAAAAAUCGAAGAAGCCCGCCCUCUGAUUGCAAAACUUCUCCUCAAGUGGCGACCACAUGUCAUUCCAAAACCAGAGGAGCCUGUAUCAAAACCUAAAUCCACAUCUACAAACUCCACAUCCACUGCUCCUCCAGGUGCUGAGCAAAGUGGAAACGUUCCCCUGAAUCCAUCUAACGGGAUAAAAUCAGAGCCAGAUGCAGGGGGCAUUGUCAAUAUUCAAAACCAUGGCAUUAAAGCUUUUCCUGAAUCGAUUUCUAAUUCAGCAUCGAACGACGCCCAUAUCCAUCAACAACAGUAUGUGAAAGGCACCGGCGAUUCGGUCACACCGUCAAUGACAAGCACUCCCGUCCCUUCUCAAAAUGCUUCUGUCGCUGAAUGA